AUUCGCGAGCUAUUGACGAAAAUUCUCCGUCAUUUUUUUUGCACUUGUGUUCGUGGUGCAAAAAACACCAUUGAUUGCUCUAAAUAAAUUGCUAUAUUGCGGCUCUAUCUCUGCGUGAUAAGAAGGUUUAAUCAAUUGUACGCUCUGUAGAAAUUCAAUUUGGCAGUGAAAAUCGUCAGUGAAUCGAAGGAAUCAGUGUUGUCUAGAGUGAAAAUUUCUCGUGAAAGAUGGUGUCCAGUCCAGCACUAGUUUUAGUAUCCAAAUCUCUUUUGAGGAAUUGCAAUGGAGUGUCAAGUGUUCUGGCACAGCGGGCAAGUUCAACGUGGUGGGGAGAUGUGAAAAUGGGGCCUCCGGAUGCAAUUUUGGGAAUAGCAGAGGCUUUCAAGAAAGACCCAAAUCCCAAGAAAAUUAAUUUGGGUGCGGGUACGUACAGGGAUGACAAUGGGAAGCCCUAUGUGCUACCGAGUAUCCUCAAAGCUGAGCAGAGAAUCACUGAGAGUCGCAUGGACAAAGAAUAUGCUCCAAUCAGUGGCUAUCCGGAAUUUACUAAACAUGCCAUUGCCCUGGCUCUCGGAGAUGACAAUCCCGUCCUCUCUGCCGGUCGCAAUGCCACUGUCCAGAGCAUUAGUGGAACAGGAGCUCUCAGAGUGGCAGCAGCCUUCCUCAAUUCCUUCUUCCCAGGCUCUCGUGAAAUCUACCUGCCAGUGCCUUCCUGGGGCAAUCAUGUGCCCAUCUUCAAACAUGCUGGACUCCAAAUCAACUCCUACCGCUACUACGAUCCCAAAUCCUGUGGUCUCAACUUUACUGCAGCUCUCGAGGAUAUUUCUAAAAUCCCUGAGAGAUCCAUCGUCCUGCUCCAUGCUUGUGCCCACAAUCCAACUGGAGUAGAUCCGCGUCGUGAGCAAUGGAAAGAAUUGUCUGCGGUGAUCAAGCAGCGAAAUCUCUUUCCCUUCUUCGAUAUGGCUUAUCAGGGUUUUGCCAGUGGGGACAUUGACAAUGAUGCCUUUGCUGUGCGCCAGUUCCUGGCUGACGGACAUGAUAUCAUCCUCACGCAGAGCUUUGCCAAGAAUAUGGGUCUGUAUGGAGAACGAGCUGGUGCUAUGACAGUUGUGUGUAGGGACAAGGAUGAGGCCGAGAGGGUUCUGUCACAGGUGAAAAUCCUCAUUCGUCCAAUGUACUCCAAUCCACCCAUUCAUGGUGCCAGGCUAGUGACUGAGAUCCUCAAGGAUAAUCAACUGCGAUCUGAGUGGCUGAAGGAUGUCAAGGGAAUGGCUGACAGAAUUAUUGGUGUGCGACAAGAUCUGAGGACAGCAUUGGAGAAAUUGGGAUCACCGAGGAAUUGGCAACAUAUCACUGAUCAAAUUGGAAUGUUUUGCUUUACGGGAAUGGAUCAGGCACAGUGUGAGCGAAUUAUCAAGGACUACAGUGUCUAUUUGACCAAGGAUGGACGUAUCUCAAUGUCAGGAGUGAAUUCAAAGAAUGUCCAAUAUCUUGCAGAGUCCAUUCAUGCUGUCACAAAGUGAAGCAUCAUCUGAUAUCUCGUGCACUUUUUGUUGCAAUUCCAAUGCUGAGCAUUUAAAAAAAAAGAAAAAAAAAUCUUCCAACAGGGUAAAAUCUUCCUUUGCUCAAAAACUUCUUUGAGACACACGUGACUUUUGGUCACUGCGAAAUUUGCCAAUUUUCUACACAUUUUUUUUUGAUCAUUCUCACCUUUGUAUAUUCUUUCCCUUUUAUGUAGAAAUUUUGCAAGAAAAAAAUCCAUUGAAAAACAAAAAAGAAAAUAGCAAAUGAAUAAAAGAAAAACCUUACACGAUAAAAA